CGAAUGUUCAUGACCUGACCUUAGGGCUUUAUACUCUCUCUCUCUCUCUCUUCACAUUUUUUUUAAAAAAAAUUAAGUACUAUUUAAAUUGCCACCCCAAAAAAUCUGGAGAAAAAAAAAAGUAUAAGAAAAGGAACUUGAAGGUUUCAUCAUGAGGACUUAUACCUUUUUUUUAACGGUCUAAUGAGGGUUGAGGAUAGUUACCCAAAACUUGAGAGCAUUUUUUUUAAUAUAUAUUUUAAACAUCUUUUUUGUUCCUUUUAUUUUUUUGGUUUGGAUUUGAUGGGGGUGGUGUAGAGAAAACUGAUUAUGGCUUUGGAGUUAUAAAAGUUGUGACAUAAGGAAGCAAAGUUACAGGAAAUUCGGGUAUGAAAGUGGUAGUAUGGAGAUGGAUGAGAUUCAAACUCAAGAGUGUAAGUUUCCAAGAAUCAGCAACAAAGGGGAUGAUGAGCAGUACCAAUAUGAAGUAGAUGAUGCAGGUGAAGUCAAAGAGAGCGGCCUUAGUGGUAUUGGUAAACUUUAUGGUUGGCCUUCAUCAAGAAUUGUUAGAGUUUCUCGUGCAUCUGGAGGGAAAGAUAGGCAUAGCAAAGUAUUGACUUCAAAGGGGUUAAGAGAUAGACGUGUUCGCCUUUCUGUCAACACGGCUAUACAGUUCUAUGAUUUGCAAGACAGGCUCGGCUGUGAUCAGCCGAGCAAGGCCGUGGAGUGGCUGCUAAAAGCAGCCGCUCCUUCUAUUGCUGAGCUUCCACCUCUGGAAGCAUUUCCAGAUACACUUCAGCUCAGUGAUGAGAAAAGGUCAAGUGUUGGAACUGAACCGGGUUUCGAUUCAGCUGAUGUUGAAAUGGAUGAUGAUGAUCCGAAUUACAACCACCAGCAGCAGCAACAACCUUGUAGUAGCAAUUCUGAGACUAGCAAAGGUUCUGGAUUGUCACUUUCCAGAUCGGAUAGUCGGAUCAAGGCACGGGAGCGAGCAAAGGAAAGAGCCACAAAGAAGGAAAAGGAGAAAGAAAACAAGUCUUCUGUUGUUGCUCAUCACCAAAAUAUGCAUCCUAGCUCUUCUUUCACCGAGCUAUUGACAGGUGGUAUGAACAAUAACAACAACAACAACAGUAACACAAGUCCUAAUGGCUCCAUUCACCAAAACACGCCGAGGCAAUGGUCUACAAAUUCCUUGGAAUACUUUACCUCAUUAGGCCCAUCAUCUACUCGUGCAAUCAACAACUCUACUGGCUUCUCGGGUCAAAUUUAUUUGGGAAAUCCUCUACAAGUGGUGUCUUCACCCAUGUUUAGUCUGACGGGGGACCAUCAACCCGAGCUUCACCACUUCCCCUUCAGUGGCGACAACGCCAUUGGGGGAAGUAAUUGUAAUGGUCAUCAAAGCACUACUAGUAAUAAUGAGCACAAUUUGAACUUCAGUAUUUCUUCAUCAUCUCCAGCAUCCAGCUUUGCUGGUUUCAAUAGGGGGACCCUUCAGUCCAAUUCAUCCUCUUCGCCGUCUACUUUGUCUCAUCACUUCCAGAGGUUUGACGGGUUACAAAGUUUAUUUCCAGGCAGCACAACUGAAUAUGAUCCUCGUUUACAGCUCUUUUAUGGUAAUGGUUAUGGCAAUGGCAACAGGCAUUCAGAUCAGAAAGGAAAAGGAAAGAACUAACUUCAUUCCUUUUCCUGCUCAUCUUCAUCCAUGACAAUUGAAGAUGGAAGCAGGCUCUGAGUCCCAAAGGAAAGCAUGCAUGCCUUUCUCUGCUACAGACUCUAUAUAUUAUGCUUCUUAAUUCCUUAUUAUGCAUCGUUCAUUUUUGAGUACUAUAAGUAGGUACCUUUUUUUUGUGGGAGAAAUCCUUGUUUGUUUCUAGCCCCACUUUAGCUGCCGCACGGUUCGAAACUCCGCAAGGUUUUGUGUGUUUUUCUAUCAGACCUCAUUUGUAUAACAGUGCUUGAGGCCUUAUAUUGAACCUAAGAUGCUGGAAUUUGCCAACUUGAAA